AUGAAAUCGUUUGUCGUGUUUGCCCUAUUGUUAUGUUAUGCUCAAGGAAUUAACGUUACAAGCAUUGUGGAGGAUCUGAUAACUUAUCCUAUCAACAGACUUGAGGUUACCAAUAAGACUGCAUGUUUUGAUCCGUUGGGACGAAGCGUAGGUUUUGUAUGGCUUUACAGUAUAACGAGUCGGGUUACAGUGUAGUUUAUUGUAUUAUUUAAAUUUAUUAUUAUAGUAUAUUAUACUUAUCAAGUUGAUAUUUGUUUUAAUUUAUUUGCAAUUAAUGUAGUUCAUUAACUCAUCAUUAUUAAGGUUAACACUAAAGACUGCACAUUAAUUUACCAAUACUGUAAUGGAACAUGGUUGGAGGCGUACAAACUUGACGUUCGUCUAGAUGUCUACAAAGCAAGUACAAACUGGUGCUGGCCAGAUUAUCAAAAAUACUUUGAUAGGUUUUAUACAUUUAUCAAAGAGAAGUGUGCUGAUGUAAGUUAACUUGUUUUAUCCAAAAAUUACGCUUUUUUAUGAUUUUAUUGGGUGCUGGACUUUUUGAGAAGUUUUUUUCUGGUACUGUGCUAAAAAAUUUUAGUUUGCGCGUUCACCAACUGAGAUUCCUAGUUAUUUAUACCUAAAUUUAGAAAAACGACUUUGUCUGCCAAAUCAGCACUUACCCAGCAUUUUAUGAAUCGACCAAUGUCACUUUCAAUGACUCUCGACUGCUGAUACUUUGCCAGAGUUGCCAAACCAAAUUCUCCCCAUUCAGUAACCCUAGCGACGCUGCCUUUGAUAAAGUUUGUCAUGUCGGGAGUGAUAUGUAUCCAAUUGAUCUUGAUCCAGUUACCUUAGUUACUGAGUAUCCUAAGGACAAUAUUGCGACAGUUUAUCACAGUUCGGUUGGCACGAUAACUACAUCUCAAGAGGUAAAAUUUUAUUUAAAAUUUUUACCUGUUUACUUGAAACAAACGCCAUGGAUAGAUGUAUAAUAACAUACUAAAACUUUGACUUUGUAGUACUGUGUACUGAAACACGUGCUUCUAAGAGUACCACACCACGACUCACUUGCAAUAGGCUUCACAAGCUUUUCUACAAACGAUAAUUGGCUCUGCAAAACGGAUCUAUGUCACAUUACAGGGGUGGCUAUGACAGAAAAGUCUCCUAUGCUGUCACUGAUUACUUUGGCCAGUUUAAAGACACUUGAAACAGAACGAUUACCUUACAUAUUACACAUGAUGAAGCUGGAGAAUUACUUUAAACUUGUUUAUCAAAAUGGCACGAAUAUUGUAUUGGGUCGGAAGUAUCACGAGAUGGUAACGGCGUGUAAUCAUACCUACAUUCACUACGAAGUGGAUGGUGUCUAUACUUGGCAUUGUGCGACGAUUUAUAAAGACAAUGAGUAUGAUGAAGACCCUUAUGAAAUUGCCCCAAGUAUGUAUAACUUUUAACUUUUUCAGUCUUUUUAUUAUAUCAUAAUGUGUAUUAUAUUUAAAAAAUUUUUAAUUUGACUGACUUUUAAACGACUUUUAGUGAUAUCUUUAACGACGGCAUCAAGAAAUGUCUCAAGUAAAUUUUACUGUCAAUUGUUCACAUCACGCUACAUCGCAGAGCGCGACAUGGUUACACGUCCUGGUUGUGCUUGUAGUUCAUAUCAAUGUGAUACUGGUCCAAAAUUUAACUUGAACUUUGAUGCAAUCAAAGACAAGAUAGCCGUACGUUUUUAAAUCUUUUAUAGCAACUUUACGGUGCCACAUCUAACUCAAAAUAUGGCACAUUAAAAGUCUUUACAAAAAUAACUUUAAUAUUUCAGAACGGAUCUUGUUACGACAGCGACAGGAAAAGUGUAGUACACACAAGAAGUGCGUUGUGUAUUGCCCAGUUCGAAGUAAAUCCUGAAGAUCCACCUGACAAACUCAUAACUCGAGAUGACAUUUAUGCAAAGUCCAAACUUGAUAUUCAAUUUCAUACUGAUAAGUAUUGCUUAGAGUUAACUGAUUUAAAGUGCUACAGAUUUAGAACCAAGUAAGUCUUUUAAAAGCUAAGUGGUCUAUUAGGUUGUUUAACUAAUUCUGUAUCCCCAAAGCAAUUUUUUUAAUUCUCAAAGCAAAUUUUCGGAGCUAGUAGGCACAGAAUUAUUUGUACAACCUAAUAGAUGCAUUCUCUUUACCUUUUAUUAAAUGAACUACAACACUGUAAUUCAAUAAUUGAUUUUAUAUGCAAAUUUUUUAAAAAUUGUAUGUUGUGCAUAAAACUAAUAUACAUACAUUAAGAGGCCAAUUGCUUUGUAAAUGUUGUUGUGUGACAUCAGCUGUUAAACCGUGCAAUGACUACGAUGGAAAUCCAGAAUUAAAAAGUCAAUUAUUAGCUUGUGCCAAUGGAUUCAAAGAACCAGAGCUUCAAGAUCAGUUUCUACUACCAUAUGUAAGUUACGUAAUACAUAAGUUACAGUAUAUUAGAUUUUUAAAAAUUGAUUUUUUUAUUUUAACAGUAUAUUUUCUGUUACAUAUUUGAUAAACUGUAAGCUAAUUACUCUCAUUCCAGCUCUUCUCUCCCACUCCAACAGCAUAUCCAAGUAAUUUCGUCGAUAACUCCAAAGUAUUUUACGACCUUUACACAGCUUUUGACACAGUGAUGGAGUAUGUUACUAUAAGAAUCAAAGAUCGUGUAGUUUUGACCAGAGGAGUACUGUAUUUCAUAAAUUCAAGUGUCAGUUCUAUACAAGUAAACACAAAGUUUGCCUAUCUUUGUAAUUACAACAGAAACAAAAUUAAUUUUUGGGCAGAAAACUGCAAAUGUGCAUUGGAUGUGACAUACAAGGCUGGCAAUAGACGUUUGGAUUGUUGUUGUAGACCUAGUAAGUCAUGUGCAAGAUACUUUUACUUUUUGCGUCUUUUUUAUUUUUCUUUUACUUGGUGUACAUGAAACAAAAUAUUAUUGUAAAACAAAUUAUUUUCAGAUUUGGUGGAUGGUCUUCUCAAGUCUUUAAACGGCAUUUAUCGCAAUUAUGUGAUAAACGAAUUUCAAAUUGGACUACACACAGAAGGUUUAGUCUAUAGAGAAUCAACCGACUUGUUCCAGUACUUGUUAAACGCUCAAACUGGCAUUACUCCAUUAAUGGAACGACAUUACUUUCCUUGA